UGGACAAAAGAAGUGAACUAAUAGAAGUUUAUUCAAAUGUCUUGUUCAAAAUAACUGGUUUUAUGAUGUUGACAAAUUCAAACUGGAGUAUUUCUUCCCAAACAAUAGAUUUCGGUUCGGAUUAGACGUAUAUCUUUCAAUAAAAACUGUUUCGUUUUUGUAAUUUGUAAAUACGAAUCGUUUUAACGUCGAAUUCCAUUGAAUUUAUCAUGAGACUCGACGGUAGCCCGUACCAAAAUAUUCAACAAAAAUGGAUUGCGGAAGUGUACUAAGUGGACCACGUAUAUUUCAAACAGAACGUUCUCAAUCGAUGUCAAUUUUAUCACCACAAAAACCUCAACCGAGAAUGACACAUUUAGAAUCAUUAGAAGCUAAGAUGGCCAAUAUAGAAGUGUCAUUGAGUAACAGCACAAAUACACCAAGACGACGAAAAGGUACAUCAUUGGGUGGAGGAAGUUCGGUGUCAUCAAGGCAACUGAUUCCGGCCACUCAUUCGAGCACUGACACUCAUUCGGGCCUACAUUCAAAUAUGAAACCAGAGCAUCAGUCGGCUCUACAAGAGCGUGAAGCAAUAAUUCAGAGUUUGCGAGUGCAAUUGGGUUUGGGAAAGCUUCCGCGACCGGGAAUUCCAUUGGACGAAGCAGAAAUUUCAAAAGCUGAACAUGAAUUACAAAAACUUCGAAAUGAUGCUGAUAAAAAACGUAUUACGAUACGAAAUUUAAAAACUGCAUUGGAAAGCUUAGAUAUUACAGAUAACAUCGACAUUAGAAUCCGGCAAGCAGAAAUCGAAUAUGCGCUGGGACGCGAAGAACUGCAAUUAUUGUCAUUGGUAGAAGAGAUUCGUGCACUACAGUAUCGCCUUGAUAAGACGUUGAAAUCAGAUGGUGCAAAUCAACAAUCCACAUUAUAUUUUCAGCUUAAAAAUGGCAUAAAUUUGUCGCUGUAUUCGGUGAAUGCGAAUCUUGGUCGUUUUGGUAUCAAUAUCAAAGAUGACGGUGGAAUCUAUAUCGAAUGGGCUUUAGAUGGCGAAGCUUUAUGUCAAGGUGAUCGCAUAAUCGAAUAUAAUGGAAAAUUCAUCAAUGUCCAAUCGAAAGAGGACAUUCAAAAGCUGAAUGACUCAACCGGACGAUGUGAGCUAGUUGUAAUACGAAAAAAGAAAUCACAACCGAAUAAUAGUCAAUCGUUGUUACAAUCACAAGAAGAUAAUCAACGCUUGCAACAUCGCAUUUCAUAUUUGGAAGAUUUGGUAAAAGAGUUGCAGCAAUCAACCAAAGAUAUAAUAAUGGCACCGACCUUAGGUCAAAAUCAAACUAAAAACCAACAAACCAAUCAAAAUCAUUUUAAGGGCCAUGUCACAAGCAUCAGCAUUUCAUCGAGUAAUCAAGAUAAUAAUGAUAAGCCUCAGGUCUUCCAGCGGGGCAAUUUUAUUGCAACCAUAGUCGGAGGAAAGGCAAUACAAACAUCAUCGAAUUCGAUACCAAUUAAAAUUAACGAACCAUUAUCUACAAACACAAAAUCCAUGCAUAAAACCAGUAGCAAAGAUGGAAGUUCAACACCAACAUCAAAUCACAGUUUCAACUAUCAUCACCUACCACGUCCUGGUCUUCAACACAGCCAUUCGCAUCAAUUUAUUGGAUCGAAUAAUGGAAAAUUGUAUGAGACACCAUCGAAACUGGCACACGAUAAAAACGAAAAUAGUGUACACACUUUUUUGAAGCAAAAAGAAAAAAACCAUGAUCAUUCAAAGGAAAAUCACAUGAAUCAACGUGCGCAUUCACAUCGUCAUUCCCAUCCCGAUUUGCUUUACGAUGAAACACCAAAAUGUGAAACAAAAUCACUCAAAACAAGGCAAGUCGAUCACAAUGAAGGUUAUGCUGGAAUGGAAAGUCGAUAUCGGUACAAAAAGGGUGGAAAUUCGAUUGAUAUUCGUAGUGCAAAAAGUUUAAAUUUUGAUGAUGAAACAAAAUCGAAUAUAUCAAGCAUCCCAAAGCACAAUGUUAGCCGAAAACCACGUGAAGUAGAUUAUACGUCCGAACCGGUUGCAACACCAUUAUCAAACACAUCACGAAUACGAAAUAGCCGACCAACACCGCCGAAAAAACCAUUACGACUCUCACUUCAGCGCACCCAAAGCUUACAAACAAUUGAAGCAAACGCAGCAGCCACAAUAAUUGACUUGGAAAAGAAACGCGCUGUUAAACGCACUUAUCGCGGCAAUAAAACACCAGAUUUACUACAUUAUGAUGGUGAAUCUGGUUCAAUGUACACCGCUUCACUUGGUCGAAGCAAAUAAUUAAAAUUAAUUGCCAUACAAUUAAGGAUCUAGUGUUAAUGAGUUCUAAUUCUAAGCAUAUUGACAUUUUCUGACGGAUUUUGUUUUAUCGAGUGAAUUUAUAUUUUUUAAACUUAAAACUUAAAAUUCUAUAGAAUUUUAGAAUUAUCAAGGAUUUCAGGAGAUUUAAAAAUACGAUUAAGAAAAUUUAAGAACUACGACACCCGAACGGGUGAAAAAUUGAAAUUUUAUUUGUAAAAAGCCAGUAAAAUUGGCAUAUACUCAAUAAAUGAUGG